AUGUCCAGUCCCUCCUCGCCGCAACGCACAAACUCUCCGAAGCGCGCGCCUUCACCUUCACCUUCCACCCAGCCGCAAUCCUCACGACGCAUCGAACACGAGAACAGCCCUGCCACACACCACGAGCCUUCUCCACACCCCUCCUCAUAUACCGCCACACACGCUCGUGUGCCAUUAACCAUCCAUUCCGCGGAUCUUCAUUCUGAACCCACUACUUUUGGCCAACCCAGCACUUCUUCGCGCCCUCGACCCCCAGACGACGAACUCAGCCCGCGACCCAGCAAGAAGAUGCGCGCAGACCUUCAUUCCCCCGAGGAACGUGUUUCCUCCAGCCAAUCCGACACCUCCUCACAGAGCGGUAUGGCCGACGUCGAGACUGAGCCAGAGAAGGGCCAGCAGUCCGAACCGUCCAACGCCCCUGCCGCCCCUGCCCCUAAGAAGAAGCGCACACGAACUCUGACGACACCGCACCAAUCCGCUGUACUACAUGCCCUCCUUGCGCAGUCUCGAUUUCCCACCACCGCCAUGCGCGAACAAGUUGGACGUCAAAUUGGCCUCAGCGCCCGUAAAGUCCAGAUCUGGUUCCAAAACCAGCGUCAGAAGGCCAGACGUCCUCAAGGCGAUAAAUCAGCCCCUUUGUCGCGUCCUCCCCAAUACGGUCCUUUCUCAAACACACCAGUAGCCACUCCUUCCGCGGGUAUCAUGUCAAUGGGCCCACUGGGCCCUAUGUCCCACAUCGCGUCUUUCACCUCCUCAGAUAGCAUGCGUCCGCUGGGCGCGGAGACGAGCCCGCUCGGCCCCGAGCUGUCCGGCCCAGGCAUCCCAGGCUUCCACCGCCCAGGUUAUGUGUCCAGCGGUUCCUCGAGGGAAUUAGAUCCCCAGACCUUCAUGCGUGGUACCAAGAGUCCAGAGGUCCCCCGUCAGCGUGCCGCGCGGAUGACCGACGAGUCCCGCAUCCUUCCCGAACUCAGCCACACACAGGGUGGACGCCCUCUAGCGCCCCGCCCUCUCACCGCUCCCGGCGACGAUCCUCGGUCCCAGAGCGCACGAGUACUGCCGCCGCUAAACUUCGGCGCUUCAACGCCACCUCGUCGCCCCGCCAACUAUGUCUCGCCCACCCUGUACCAUCAGACGACGACUAGUUCAUCCGGAGCUGGCCCUGGACCUGCCAGCACCAGUAGCGGGCCUCGUUCGGCGGGUCCAGAACCCUCGAGCGCGCCAGCCACGGCCUCGAGCAUGCCCCCGCCGUUUGCGCUCCAACCGCAGCCUCAGUGGGACCCACACACGUUCGCUCCGUAUACGCCACCCCAGUUCUCUUGGACUGAGUCUUCGCGCCGGCGUCCUUCGGUGCGAUGGAGUUACUCCGCCGUCGUUGGGAGUCCCCGCUCUAGUAGCGCUUACGUCUCCAGCAGCACUCCCCACUCGCCCAAUCACCCUCAUCCGUACCCAAGACGGCCCCGCGAAGGCUCGGAGGAUGAGGGCCAGGAACGACGCUGA